AUGGUAUAUAAAACACAUGAUGCAACUGAUGUUACAGUAUUCCAGUCCGCUCUUGCUGGUGGAGCAGCAGGUGGUAUAACAAGAGCUAUCGCCCAACCUCUCGAUGUACUGAAAGUUCGUUUUCAACUGCAACUGGAACCUAUAAAGUCUGAAUCUAAUUCUAAAUAUAAAUCUGUUACACAAGCUGUGUCAUCUAUCGUGAGAGAAGAGGGUUUGGCUACACUAUGGAGUGGCCAUAUACCAGCUCAGUUCCUUUCGAUUACGUAUGGUGUAGUGCAAUUUUCAGUAUUCGAAAAGUUAACUCAAAUAUCUCAAAGAUCUGAACCAUAUCAUUAUAAGAAUAACAGGCACUGGAUUAAUUUUACAAACGGUGGUGUCGCCGCUACAGUUGCUACUAUUAUUUCUUUUCCUUUUGACACAUUGAGAACAAGACUGAUAGCUGAACAAAAAUCACAGAGAGUAUACAAAGGCUUUAUUGACGCCUUUUCUACUAUGUUGAAAAAUGAAGGUUUUACCUCUUUUUACAAAGGACUAUUCCCAACGUUGGGCCAAAUAGCACCCCAUGCAGGUAUACAGUUUGCAAUUUACAAGUUAUUCACAGAUAAUGUAUUAAACAGGAUAGAGUAUUUCCAAAGACAAAACACUGUGAGUGGUGUAGUGGAAUCAACAAUCCUGGGGAAUUUAUUAGCUGGUUCAUUAGCUGGAUUUUUUGCCAAGACUGCUAUAUAUCCAUUUGAUUUAGUCAAAAAACGUCUUCAAAUACAAGGUUUCCAAACACACAGGGAAUCAUUUGGUAGACAAAUCUACUGUAAGGGUUCUAUUCACUGCAUAAAGCUGACUAUAGUUGAAGAGGGAUUUCUCGCAUUGUUUAAAGGUUACGCACCAAGUACUUUGAAAGCUAUAGUAGUGUCUGCCCUACAUUUUGCUGUGUAUGAUGAGGUUAAAUAUUUUUUAAUGAGAAUACAGAGGUAA